ACUCCUCUUAUAUAAAUUUGAAAACUUUAAGAUAAAGAAAACAGAUGCUUCCCCGUACAAAGUGCAAGCUCUCGUGCCGAGUGAAACGAACGAUCAACUUGCGCAAAACUGCGGCUGCGGUACGAGACGACGAUCCAUUGCAGAUAGCCGGAGAAAAUUAUAUCGAUCGGUGAUGGCCACCGGAUGCGCCGGAGACAUCGCGGAAGCGGAGACCGGGUUGGUUCGUCUCUGCCUCGACGCUGCGGCAGAGAGCGGCGAGAGCGUGGAGAGAUGGCGGCGGCAGGUGAGGACUCUAAAGCGCAUGCCCUCUCAUCUGGCUGAGGCUCUUUUUCACCGCCUCCUUCGACGGCGUCUCCUCUUCCCCUCCUUGCUCGAAGUCUUCAAACAUAGUGUAGAAGAGAUUGAUCUAAGGGGUGAAAACUUUGUGGAUGCGGAAUGGAUGGCAUAUUUGGGUGCAUUUUCUUACUUGCGCUCACUAAAUGUCUCUGAUUGUCGAAGAAUCACUAGUGCUGCCCUUUGGUCAAUUACAGGGAUGGCUAAUUUAAAGGAGCUGAACCUUUCUAGAUGCCCAAAAGUUUCUGAUGCUGGCAUUAGACAUCUUAUUUCUAUUCCAACAUUGGAGAGAUUAUGGAUCUCAGAAACAGGUCUCAGUGCAGAUGGUAUUAAACUACUCUCUUCACUCACAAAGCUGUCUGUAUUGGACUUGGGAGGUUUACCUGUCACUGAUGUGGCAUUUUGGUCUCUUAAGGUUUUGACGGAGCUGCAGUACUUGGACCUUUGGAGGAGUGAAAUAUCUAACAAAGGGGCUGCUGUUCUCAGAAUGUUCCCCAAAUUGAGCUUCCUGAAUCUAGCUUGGACCAAUGUUACGAAGUUACCAAAUUUGCCAUCACUUGCAUGCCUGAAUAUGAGCUACUGCACUAUUGAUGCUAUAUUUGAAAGCAAUGUUGGGGAUAAUGCUCCUUUAGCAAAGCUUAUUCUCUCUGGAGCUGCAUUUAGAGAUGUACCUGGUGCCUUGAUGAACGUUGAUACUAGAUUCUUAUCCUUCUUGGAUGCAUCCAAUACUUCACUUCAAAGAUUCAAUUUUUUGCCUAAUAUGAAUGCAUUGGAAAUUUUGGAUCUGAGCCAUAGUGCAAUGGGAGAUGAUUCGAUUGAACUGGUUGCUUCUAUAGGAGCUAGUUUGAGAGAUUUGAAUCUUAGCAACACAAGAAUCAGCUCUGCUGGAGUGGGGAUUUUAGCAGGAUGUGUUCCGAAUCUUGAAGUUAUAUCGUUGUCUCAAACAUCAAUUGACGAUUCAGCACUCUCAUAUUUUGGCCAGAUGCCUUCUUUGAGGGUCAUUAGCUUGAGCAAUACAAAAAUUACAGGUUUCAUCCGACUGCCAAGUAAUGAGUUGGAUUCUGUCCUCUCACUAACUGCUCUGGAAAGUCUCAGUGGUUUGGAAAGGUUGGACUUGGAGGAGACUCAAGUCCGAGAUUCAUCUUUAUACCCUCUGCAAUGCUUUCAAGAACUGAGACAGUUAUCUCUCAAAAGUGUUUCCCUGACGGAUUUGUCCUUGCAGCAUUUGUCAUCCCUCCCCAAGCUUACAAAUCUCAGUCUUCGUGAUGCUGUGUUGACCAAUGGUGGGCUCGACUCAUUCAAUCCACCUGAAACACUAGAAAGUUUGGACUUGAGGGGUUGUUGGCUCCUCACUGAGGAUGUGGUUCUGUUAUUUUGUGAAAAACACCCUCAAAUUGAAGUGAGGCAUGAACAUGCUCGUAUUGUUCAAUCACUCCAAAAUGGAUCUAGGUGUUCAUUUUCACAAGCAUCUUCAAAAGGUUUGCAAUCAAGGCAGAUGCGGAGAAAAGCGCCUGCAUCUCAGGGCUGCACCAAGAACGAUGCAAUUAUAGAUCAAAGAUUGAAAUACAGCAGAGAGGAGCUACUUGCAAUGAACUAUUCAUCUUUAUCUCUCACUUCUGAUCAUUGAGGUAAUUUCAAGGAAAUUGAGGCACGAGGGUACCAGUGGAGUUGACCAGAACCUGUGGACCUGGAGCUUGGUUUUGGCCUUUUUGUAUUUCCACUUUUUACUCCCAUCACACAUUUGUAAUUUCAAGGGGAAAUUGUUUUAGUGGAAUGGUGCUGAUGAAACAGUGCUCAACGUCUGAGGGAGUUUGUUGAGUUUGAAGGGAGGGUCGACUUCAAGAGGAGCUUCGAGUCUGUUCAUAGAUGACUUCUUGGCUUUUGUCCCCUCUUUCAAUUCUAUGCCUUCUCGUUUAAUUUGAAGGAGGAUAAUUACGUUGAGCACGGGCUUGCUGAAGAAGCUGUUGUCUUGGUGAGGUUCCCUGUGAGCCAGAGCAGAUGAAGCUAUCUCUUGACUGGCCUUAUUUGAUGGCAAUGAUGUUGCAACUACAGUUGAGAAACAUUACAUUUUGCUCGUUUUUUGUUGUGUACAAUUUAUAGUUAAGAAAAAUUAUAGCUGUUUUUUUUUGGUUUUCCCAUCAAAACUUCUAUUCAGGAAAAGGAAAAUUAUUAUUCAAAUACAUGCAAAUAUUGUGAA